GCCGCCUUGGCCACAGCAGUUUCCAUUGCGCUCGGCGGUUCCCCGGAUCUGUCUCUUGCUUCAACAGUGUUUGGACGGAACAGACCCAGGGUCGCCCUUUCUUCCAGCCUCCGACCACCCUCCAACCUUCGGAGUCCCACUCAUCUAUCCACCCUCCAACCUUCGGAGUCAGCCACUCAGCUGUCCUCGGUCACCGGGACCAGCCAACACCAUUUUUUGAGCCGAACUCCUUAUUACCGAUCAACCAUGAGCUCCCAGAUUCGUCAGAAUUAUUCCACCGAGGUGGAGGCCGCCGUCAACCGCCUGGUCAACAUGCAUCUGCGGGCCUCCUACACCUACCUCUCUCUGGGCUUCUAUUUCGACCGCGACGAUGUGGCUCUGGAGGGCGUGCGCCACUUUUUCCGCGAAUUGGCCGAAGAGAAGCACGAGGGCGCCAAGCGUCUCUUGAAAAUGCAAAACCAACGCGGCGGCCGCGCCCUCUUCCAGGACGUGCAGAAGCCAUCUCAAGAUGAGUGGGGUAAAACUCAGGACGCUAUGGAAGCCGCCAUUAAAAUGGAGAAGAACCUGAACGAGGCCCUUCUGGAUCUGCAUGCCCUGGCUUGUGCCCGCGCAGACCCCCACCUCUGCGACUUCCUGGAGAGCCACUUCCUAGAUGAGGAGGUGAAACUCAUCAAGAAGAUGGGUGACCACCUGACCAACCUCCGCAGGCUGGCUGGUCCCCAGGCUGGGCUGGGCGAGUAUCUCUUCGAAAGGCUCACCCUCAAGCAUGAUUAGGAGCCUCCGGAGCCCAGUGGCCUUUGAGGAGCCCCUCUGGUGUCAGGGCUUCUGCCUGAAGCCCCUCUCUGCAGCCAGUAGGCAGCUUGUUAACCACACUGGAGCCCUCUCCCAAGCCUUGGACCAAAUGGAAACAAUAAAGCUUUUUGCAGCA